UUAGCCUCUACAGCCAGAGGAGAACCUAAAAUGAGAAAGCACAAGACACAAGCACAAGUAUACUAAGGAGGAAAGAGAAAGUUAAGUGACUUUUGGACGUUUGGGAAAUAAUUAAAAUUAUCAAGAAGUUUAUAGUGUUGGAAGUCUACUAAAAAGGGUAACAAAGGAGGAUAAGGUAUUUAAGAAGGACUGGAAAGUAUUUCUGCUACUGUGCUGGCAGUUCACUGAAGAGAGUAACACUGAAAGGAGGCUUUUGACACUGAGGAUCUUGCCAGUAUUUUGGGGGGUUUUUUCUGCAUUUCUCCUCCACCUCCUCCAAAGCUCGGAGCAGCGGGGGAGGCCAAAGCGUAGUUAUUGCAGUAAUGAAGUACAGCUGCCAGAACCUUGUGUCUCAGUACACACGUCAGAGCACAUACACCCCAACACACUACACCCCUAGCCAUUACACUCCAAAGCAGUAUUCCACAAGCUCCUACUCCACGAGUCACUACAGCUCAGCAAAGUACACGCCAGCCUACUACACACCACCUGCUUACACCCCGGCUUACAAAAGCACAUCUUCCUCCUACACGUCUGUCUACAGCAAGCCCUCAGGACAUGUCGGCAAACAUGGUACACCUGUACAGCAGACUCCCGUUGCAACGGGCAAGCCUAAUCGGACUGUCCGCUUCACCAAUGAUGUCAUCUUCCAGGACUAUGUCCGGCAUGGAGAUCUGGAAAAGAUUGGCCGCUUUAUGAGAGCGAGGAAAGUGCGAGUGGAUACAAUCUUCCAUUCUGGCAUGGCAGCUCUCCAUGAGGCUGUUCUCUCAGGGAACUUGGAGUGUGUGAAGCUUCUGAUAAAAUAUGGAGCUGAUGUUCAUCAAAGAGAUGAGGAUGGCUGGACACCUCUGCACAUGGCCUGCAGCGAUGGCUACCCUGAGAUUGCACGGUAUCUACUUUCUCUAGGUGCUAGUACAGAAGCUGAAAAUGCAAAUGGGGAGAAGCCAGCAGAUCUUAUUGACACCAAUUGCAAAGAGCUGGUCAAACUGUUUGAAAUGGGCUGUGUCUAAAGGAAAGCAUAAGGAACCCAAAAAAACUGCAAGGAAACAGUUCCUCUGGACUCAAUUCUGUCUAAGGGGAUGGAGCUCUAAAAGUAAUUUCUGGUUAUUGUUUUUGGUUAUUGUUAUUGGAACAAGGACAUUCAGAUAUUUUCUUUUGUGAUACUUUCUUAUUUUUUUUUGGUGUAAGGCAAUAUAGGAAUAUACUGUAAUUGUUUGCCGCUUUCCUUAUAUAUAUAUAUAUAAGGAUAUAUACAUAUAUAUACAUAUAUAUACUGCAUACUUCUUUGUACUGCCAUAUAUCCGCACGUCAAAACCUUGGUCCUACUAAUCCCCCUUCCCUACCAUGCAGUUGCUGCACACAUACUAUCACCUCUAAAUGUCUGAAUACAGUGCGACCUUCUCUGGAGCUCGGAUUACACUGCACCCUGAAGGCCAACCCAGCAGUAGCAUUUCAUCAAUCCAAGUAUGUCAUCCAGUCCAUGCCAUAAAUUUAGAGCAGGACAACUCUCAUAUAAAGUCACACAAGGAAUUGCUGUUAUGUUCACAGAUCUGUGCAUAAUACCUCAAAUGUAGCUAAGAACACAAUUCUUUCAGUGCUUUAAAGUUCUUAACCUGGUUUAACGUAUAUUUACUGGCCUAUGUUUGACCUGUACACUGUUUAGGACAGAUCUCUUGUCUGCAGGGCAGCUUGAGACAACACUGAAAACAUGUACAUUUUAAUGAAGGAAUUUGUAUAUUAGCAAAACACUAUACUUUCUGUACUGCUAAAAGAGAGUGCACUAUUUCUACAGACUUGUGGAAUUUCUCUUGAAAAGUCUUAUGUUUUUCUCCCUUUUUUUUUUACUGUUUUCAUAAAUAAAGGUGCUCCUUAUUACUUAAUUGUGAUUUUCUUUGGUUUAUGGAAACAAAUAUCUUCAAUGGCUGUAGUAAGAGUAUUUAGAACUUUAGUGUACAUACAGUAUACUAUACAUAUGUUAUGGGCCUCAUUUAGCAAACUUUUACUAAACUUGAGUGUAAAGGUUUCAUUAGUAAACUAAAAAUUCCCGCCAAACAUUUUAGUAAUGCUGAUUUUUGUUUAUACUCACAUUGAGUAUGUUGAUA